AUGCCCUUAUUUUCAAAUAGACUAAGAAUUAGUGCGAAGUUCCCAGCUGACUUGGUUCCCCAGCCACAGCCAGCUGCGGAGUUCCCAUUUUACCUAACACAAGCGGAACAACAGCAGAAAACUGUGGCUCUCUUCAUCAUUAAUGAGAAGACAGUAUCCUUUAUUCCACAAAAAAGCGGGUACAUCUUGAUUGACAGCCAUGUUCAUCAGCACCAUAGGGCACUGAUAGCCUAUGUCAAGAAAACUGAUGUUUGGGAGCUCAUAAAAUUUUACCAUGUAUCAACAGGCCGUCCCUUUACGCUUGGAACAGUUACAAUGGUGUCAUUGGUGACAUAA